UUAUGUCACGUACCCCUCGGAGAAUUUCUCGAGCAACUCUACCUCUGUGUGUGCGUAGAAAGUCAUGGGAUUGUUUCAACUCCGUCAAGUUCACGCGUACCUGGCCAACUGAGUGAGUCAUCGUCCAAGCGCAACCUUAGACUCAAAUCUGCAACCACAAGAAGCGUCAUCGGGGGAACGAGCUGGACGGCCCGCUUUCUGUCUGAAGAUUUCGCUCACUGCCGGUGGCUGUCUUUCCCACUGCGACGGCAUCGUCCUCUUCCUCUUCCUCUUCCUGAGGCUCCUGUUCUUCGGAAUCCUCCUGCACACUUUGGGGUGGAGCUCUGGAUGCGCGAUGAUGAGCCGUCCGUUGAAACUGCGAUGACGGUGGCGGAGCGCCGACGACGGGUUGAGGGUGGGCAAUGGUGGGGUGGUGGACUGCCAU